GGCGUCGGCGCCGUCCAGUCAGCCGCGGGUGGUGGCGGCGACUUCCCCUCCGGAGCCCGGGUCUCCGCCUCCUCCUUCCACCUCGCCUGCUCGGCGGCGGAGGCGGCGUUGGCGGCAGCGGGUGUCCCUGCCUCUCCGCCACCUCCACCUCGGCCUUACCCCAGGCCGGCGGCGUUGGCGGGGAGGGGGACAGUAGUUGUAGACGCCCGCCCCUGCCUCAAAGAAGCUCCCCAGUUGUUGCCCAGUCUCACUAUUUGGGUAAAGUCUGUGCUAAGAAACUGAAGCAAUUAACGGGUGAAUAUGAUCAGAUUUCUUCACCAAGUUCUCAGCCUGAUAAGGAGAAUCCCUUGUUGUCAGCCUAAUGAAGCAUUCAAAGACAUACGACUCUUUUCAAGAUGAACUUGAAGAUUAUAUCAAAGUGCAAAAAGCCAGAGGCUUAGAACCAAAGACUUGUUUCAGACAAAUGAGAGAGGACUAUUUGGAAACCUGGAGGUACAAAGAAGAAUUUGAUUCCAGACCCAGGUAUAGAAUGUUUGAUCAAAGAUUCCCAACUGAAACCAUCCAGACCUACUCAAGAACAUGCAAUAUUUCACAAGCAGUGGAAAACCAGUUCCCUCAGUGGCUACCAGCUCAUUACAAUAGGCAAAGACAAGACUCCCUGAGCUACUGUCAAUUCACCAGGGAUCGUUUCUCAGAAAAACCAGUACCCCUGAACCUUAGUCAGCAAGAGUAUAAUUAUAGCUCAUACAGUGUAGAGCCUGGAGUUUAUAAGCACCUCUCCUCAGAAAACACCACCAGUGCCCAUCCAGCCGCUCAUAAACAGAUACAUCAGAAGAGAAAAAGGCACGUAGAAGAAGGCAGAGAAAAAACAGAGGAGAAGAGGCCCAAGCAUAAGAGGAAAAAAGGUUGUGAUAAAACAGAUUUAGACAAGAGCCUCCAAGGAAACAAAACAGAGGUAGAAACAGUCAGGAUCAGUACAAAAAAGCUUAAGAAUCAAAAGGAGAAAAAAAGCCGAGAUGUCACCUCUAAGAAAGAGGAACGUAAGUGUAGAAAAGAAAAAAAGGAGCAAGGCAAAGAAAGGACAGAGGAGGAAAUGCUUUGGGACCAGUCUAUCCUUGGAUUUUGAAGCUCUUGAGUUGAUUCUCCUGAGGAUAAAUUGAAAAAAUAGUUGAGGAGAAGCUUGGUUUUAUGAUGUUCAUGUUCAUACCACUUUUCUCGUGUAAACAGGCACUUUAGCGUGUAGCGAAGGCCAAGGGAACAGAAAGUAUUUAUUUAGUAUGCUUGAUCUCCAACAUGGAAAUUACUUUGCCUCAUUUUCUAAAAGUAUUAUUGCAUUUUUUAUAUAAAAUGUAAUUUCCUUUAAUGAGAGUGGCUUUGCUUUUAUUCAUCAAAUUGCUAUGAUGAUGGAAGUAUUUUUCCCUUGUGAAGUCAUUUAUUUUAAACUGGAGGAUUAACAGGCUUUGUAGAAUCUAUUUCUUGAUUGGGUUUGGGGUAUUCUUACUCAUAUAUUCAUUAGUUUUCUCUAUACAACAAUUUAGAAUUGAUUUGUUUUUCCUAUAUUACAUCUGUGUUUUGUUUUUUCGAAAUUCUUUGUAUUUUCUAGAUUAGAAAGUGGAAAACAAAAUA